UGACAGGCAUCCGCUGGGCUGGAUCCGCCGCGCCGGCUGCGGCCGGCCGGGCUGGAGACCCGCGCGGGGGAGAAGGUGAGGGAACCGGGCGGGCAGCUCGGCGCAGCGGGGAGAUGAACGCUUGGACGUCUGUCUGCGAGCGGACCCAUGAUCAAAGGACCGAGAGAGCCUCGUGAUCGCCGGACCUGGCCCCGCGACCCCAGCCAUGGGCCAGACCUCGGUCUCCACACUGUCCCCGCAGUCGGGCAGCGUUGAUGGACUGGACAAAGCAUCUAUAGCAAACUCAGAUGGCCCCACAGCAGGGUCCCAAACACCUCCCUUCAAGAGAAAAGGAAAAUUAUCCACCAUCGGUAAAAUCUUUAAGCCUUGGAAAUGGAGGAAAAAGAAGACCAGUGACAAAUUUAGAGAAACCUCAGCAGUAUUAGAAAGGAAGAUAUCCACAAGACAAAGUAGAGAGGAGCUGAUAAGAAGGGGAGUUCUUAAAGAAUUGCCUGAUCAAGAUGGAGAUGUAACAGUUAACUUUGAAAAUUCAAACGGGCACAUGAUACCCAUCGGAGAGGAAGCUACCCGAGAGGAAAAUAUAGUAAAAUCUGAAGAAGGUAAUGGCUCUGUAUCUGAAAAAACACCACCUCGGGAGGAAAAGGCAGAAGAUAAGAAAGAGAACACUGAAAACCACUCUGAAAUACCGGCAACUCCUGCUCUACCUCCUUCAGCUCCUCUUAAGCCUAAACCCAAACCUAAACCCAAAAAAACACCUGUGCCUCCAAAAGGGGCCACUGCUGGGGCCAGCCACAAAGGGGACGAAGUGCCUCCCAUUAAAAAAACUACCAAGGCUCCUGGUAAGCAGGCCCCCGUCCCUCCACCCAAGCCAACAAGCCGAAACACGACCCGAGAGGCUGCUGGUUCCUCUCAUUCCAAAAAACCAACUGCCUCCAAAGCAUCAGCAUCACCAUCUACUUCAUCCACUUCAUCUCGUCCCAAAGCUUCAAAGGAGACAGUUUCUAGCAAAACAGGGAUCACUGGGACCACUAAGGGCAAGAAAAAAACUGGCAAGCAGCCAACGUCUCGACUGUCCUCAGACACGACCACUUCUGGCACAUCCGACCUUAAAGGAGAGCCUUCGGAGGCCAGAGUGGAGACUCUCAAACCUGAGCAGACUGUCCCUGGGACUGAGGAGACUGUAGGCAAAUCCAAGCCUUCUGUCCCUCCACCCCCUGUGGCUCUACCACCUUCUCCCCCCGCCCCUCCUCUUCCUUUUGAGGAUCAGUGCAUUAUUGCCUCAGACACUCCAGUUGUGCUGGUCAGCAGUGGAGCUGACCUGCCUGUCUCUGCCUUAGACCCCAGUCAGCUUCUCUGGACUGAAGAGCCAACGGACAGAACCACUCUCCUCUCAGGCGCUGGCUCAAGUGCUAGCAGCGAAAACGUAAAAUGUUUCACCACCAAAGAUGACCUGGGGAAGGCAGCACCUCACCUCCUUACUCCGGGGCUGAUGGGAGAAUCUUCAGAGUCCUUCAGUGCCCCAGAGGAUGAAGGCCAGAGAGAAUCCCAGGCCGGUGACUCUGACUCUGACGGGCCCAUCUUGUACACCGAUGAUGACGAGGAAGACGACGAUGAAGAUGGCAGUGGAGAAAGUGCUUUGGCAAGUAAAAUCCGUCGGAGGGAUACUCUUGCUAUCAAACUUGGCAACAGACCGUCUAAGAAAGAGUUAGAGGACAAGAACAUCCUGCAGCGCACAUCCGAAGAAGAAAGGCAGGAAAUCCGACAACAAAUCGGAACCAAAUUAGUCAGGAGACUUAGCCAGAGGCCCACAACUGAAGAAUUAGAGCAAAGAAAUAUUCUAAAACAAAAGAAUGAAGAAGAAGAACAAGAAGCAAAAAUGGAACUUAAACGCAGACUCAGCAGAAAGCUCAGCCUGAGACCCACAGUGGCAGAGCUACAAGCUAGAAGGAUCCUGCGGUUCAAUGAGUAUGUCGAAGUCACCGAUUCUCCUGAUUACGACCGCCGAGCAGACAAGCCCUGGGCCAGGUUAACACCUGCGGACAAGGCAGCAAUAAGGAAAGAACUGAAUGAAUUUAAAAGUACAGAAAUGGAGGUUCAUGAAGAGAGUCGACAGUUUACAAGGUUUCAUCGUCCAUAAUUAAGUACAAGACUAUUGGCUAACAGACUGAUGAUCAUCUGUGGGGGAAGCCUUGCUUCCUGAAAACCUGAUAUUGCACUGGGAUUUGAAUGUGUGUUUCCGUUGAACUUACGGUGAAGGAAACUUUGUUGGAAAGUGCUCCUCCCUGUGCAGCCUGAAUGGGGCCAACCACAAAGGGAAGGAUGCGGUGCCCCUUCUGCCAAGAACGUUCUUACAGUGUGGUAAGGGACGCAUGUUACACCAGGUAUUCUUCAUCGGGAGUUGUAAAUCCGAGAAACGAGCAGAAGACAAUCGCUGGCUCCCUAUUAACAGAAAGCCAAAUUUUACUGUGCGGGUUAAAGAAAAAUGGAGAUUGAAACUUCUGGGCACUGGAAAAGGAUAAAGGUUGGAAAUCAGAAAAAAAAAAAAGAGAAAUAUUUCAUUAUGUUAAUGAAGAAGAGAGAAAAAUUGACAAAUAAAUGUAUUUUUGGAGUGGGCAUUUGGUAACUGAGAACUUAAGAAAGGAUUUGGGAAUCUAAUCACUCAAUGGGGAUUCCUUAAAGACUUGAUCCUUGAAGAAUAUUCUUGUUUCACCAUUAUGUUGGUACAGUAUGGUACCAUUAUUUUAUGUUGUGCCAGUGAAUCCAAUUGCCAGAAAUAAGUCUGAAUGUUUUCAUGCAUCUUUUUCUUAAUUGCAAAAAGCUUCUACUGACUCUUAACAAGCAUGCUUUCCCAAAUUUUGUUGCAUGCUUUAAGUAGCAUAGUUAUACACACUUGACAGUUUUUUAUACUUCUCUUCGAGUGUACCAACCUUCCACAAGUGUAACAGGACUGGGAAUAAAGUCAGAUGUACUGAGACCCUAUCAAUCUGUAGCAAGCUUUAGAAAUAAAUCUUUUGGUCUUCCCCUGCUUAUCUCCAAAGUCGAAGCAAACACACUUCAUCUAAAGAUAGUAUUGACAAUCAUGAUGCCAUUUUUCAAAACCUAAAUCCAAAGUUAAAACUGAAAUGAGAUGUAAGUAUACUGUCUGCAGUUAGCUCUAAGUGGAAUGCAAAGAACCAGCUAAUGUUCAGUGCUGCAUUUUAAAAAGUUGGGUUGCUGCUAUUAAAAAAAAAAUAAAGCACAUGGAUCAAAAUAUAUAUAUAUUCACCCAAAGACUUAAAAGAACACAGACUUCUGCUAAGUUGCGUGUAAGAAAAAACUCGUCUUAUAUUUUAAGUCUGCAGACUGCAUCCAUAUAUAUAAUAUUUACAUUCAGUGUAAAAGAACUAGUGAGAUUAAAGUCACAGAAGGUUUCCCUUUGAGCCUACAGUCAAUAUUGUUUACAUUAAAAAACCCUCUAAGAAAUUCUGUAUUGCUGUUUUACGUGGAAUCAUAGGCACAUUAUAACUUCUGCUUCCAAAUACAUAUGACUAUAUGUAAAUACUACUUUGCAUUUCAUUGUUCUUUCACCACUGUUUUGUUGAAAUGUAUAACCACAAGACCUAAGAGUUUAUUUUAAUCUCAGAGCUUAGACUAGAAUUUUCUGAAAUGUUCUGGUUCAUAACAUGCAAGACUAUAGUUUUCUGUUUCAACGAAAAGUAAGCAUUUAAUUCUGUGGAUAAAUGUAGGUCCAGCCAUUCAUUGAUAUUUUAAAGAACCACCUGAAAUUGGAUGUUUUCAAAUUUUUAAAAAUUUACCAAUACUUGGCCUAUUAUAAAAAGCCAGGGAGAUUUUAUAACGAAAAAAGAAACCAGCAUUAUUGCACCUCUUAUUGCACUCAGCUCUGUGUAUUAAUAAAAUAAACCUCUGCUGUCAUUGCACUAAUAAGAUAAGAUGUAUUUUUGCUUUGAAAAAAUGUUUCUGUGUGCCCAAGUAGCACCUGUCUCUGGCUGGAGUUUUCCCUGUUCUUGAGUAUUUUAAUCGAGCCAUGAGAAUUCAAUUUAUUAUUUUUUUCUGAAGUCAUCCUUUUCCUUAUGAUGUUUUGUUUUAUUGUCAGUUUAGUAUCGUGGGGAAGAUACCAAGGAAUCUAUGUUUCUUUUCAUUUUUUAUGCUUAUAACCUUUGAACUUUUAAAAAAGUUUCUAAUCAUAAGGUCUCUAUAGAAUGGUAAAUAUAAGAUAUUAUCACAGUUUUAUCACUCAAGAUACAUGUCUUAGAAAAAAGGAACUUUUUUUCACACUAGUGGUGCAUAGGAUACAAUUUUCUUGUUCCUACAAUGAGAUACACCCAGUUCAAAAACAAAAAUCUUGUUUUAAUAUAUUGUUUUUCUUGUAUGUUGGAUGUAUGAACCACCCAUACUUUUUCUUCAUAUUGACUGAUAUGGUUAGAGAAAAUUCCAUACAUUAGGGAGUAUUUUAAAAGGUAAAAGGAAAGGGAAAAAAUUAACUACUGGUAGUCUAAUAUUAAAGUAAUUGGAACUACUAAUUAUUUCAUUAGAAUGGUUUAUUAAAUAAAAAGCUUGGGAAGGAAUUAAAGGAUUAUAUAAGCUGAGCUA